AUGCCGACGCGCGUGCAGCUUGGGAUUGUGCCUGCAAAGAUGUCGGUACCGAACGAUGUGUAUCGCGCAUUACACAUCGCCCGCGUGUCCUUUCAAGUGCCAGAACUGGACAAACCCAUCAUGGCAGUGGUGCCAGAAGCGCACGGGCAGAAGAAGAAGAAGAAGAAGCCGGCGCUGCACUUCGCCAGAGACUGUGCGCAGGAGGCUAUGGACAAGGUCGUGGCUGCCGCAGUGACAGAGCUGCAGGGACGAGAGGCGGAGCGUCGGUCAGCCGAGGGCUCGACUGCGCCGUGGAAUGCCGUGGUGGUUGCUGCCGGGUGCAACUGCUUCCAGGAGGAAGUGUUGCCCGAGGUCUUCUUGAACCGAGAGCUUUCCACGUGCCAAACUUGGAAGCAGCUGUGCCAUGUGCUGUCUGCGCACAGUCCAAACUUCAGACUGCCCUGGUCUAUUGUUGCUGCAAACUUGGAAGAGCCUCCGGCGGUGCUGCUGCAAACAAACAGGGAGGACUCAUGA